AUGGAGGUUGGGGGUGUAGGUGGUGAGGGUGUAGGUGGUGAGGGUGUAGGUGGGGGUGUAGGUGGCGGUGAGGGUGUAAGUGGUGAGGGUGUAAGUGGUGAGGGUGUAGGCGGGGGUGUAGGUGGUGAGGGUGUAGGCGGGGGUGUGGUGAGGGUGUAG